AUUUAUACGUCUCGACAACAGUUCAAUAUCGCCAAUUUCACUGUACGGACGUCUUUUUCAACGAGAAUUAACAAAACAAAAACAAAUAAUUACAAUUAAUCGAUUGAUUUUUGUCAGUCAAUAUUUUGAGGUUAUAUUUUUGUAGUUUGACAGGUGACUGCGCGGGAAAUCGCGCGCCAAUUUUUAAGAAGACAAAGAUCGUUGUGUGUUUUUCCUUUGUGUUUCUUUUUGUUGGCGUCAGGUGGUGAAAAGUGACGAUGCCUUCGGAAGUGGCUCUGGGCAAAUCUUUGCAGCGGGAGCUAGCGGACUCCAUCAUAAGGAUGGUGCCGCUCGACGAGAUCCGCAUACUGCUGGCUUGUGGAGCCAAGGUAAAUGAGCCAGUAACGCAAGGACUCCGGCCCCUGCACUAUGCGAUCUGGCAGCGCUACCUGGAGGCUACCAGGCUGCUGGUGGUGCGAGGGUGUGACGUCAAUGCCAGGGACGACUGUGGAUACAGCGCGUUGCAUCUCGCUGCUGAGCAUGGGUACACAGAGCUGGUAAAGUUGCUGCUGGAGAGUGGAGCAGCAGUGGACUACAGGCCGAACACUGGUGAAGAGUUCCCGAGGACUACACUCUGUGACGAACCGCUGAGGCUGGCUAUUAGGAAUAAACAUUAUGAGGUGGCCCGUCUUCUUCUAGAACACGGAGCAGACCCCAACAAGCGCUACUUCUUCGGAGCAGAGAUCAACUUGGUAUCCGACCCUGAAUACUUGGAGUUACUGCUGACGUUUGGAGCUAAUCCUGAUUCCAGAGACAGAGCUGGUUUGACUCCGCUGAUGAAGGCUGCUAGGCAGAGAAAGGGUCUGGAUGCUGUUCUCCUGCUCAUCAGUUUCGGAGCGGAUGUGAACGCGAUGGCUGACGCCAGGAAUGACUACAGGACUGUCAUGCAUUAUGCCGUACUAAGUGGUAACCCUGAAGUAGUGAAUCUGAUGAUAAAGCAGGGAGCGCGUGUGAACUACGAGUGUAAUGAAUUCAGCAAGCCCAGUCCAUUGGACCUCGCCAUCUUGAAAGGAGACGUCGCCAUGUUGCAGAUGCUGUUAGCUGCUGGUGCACAAGUGAACGCAUCCAGUUCGGUGAUCGGAUCUCCCCUGCACGUUGCCUGCUCCGACAAUAUUACGAAUAGGAAGGAAAUUGUACAAAUUCUUCUAGAAAGCGGUGCUGAUCCAAACCUGAAGGUGUACAAUGAUGAAGACGCCACACAGCUGCGGCCAGCGCUCGCGGAGUACCUCGCCAGCAACCCGGAGCCCAGCGCUGAGAUUGUUGCACUGUUGUUGAGAUACGGAGCUAGGGUCAUCAUGAAAACUCAAUUCCGUGAUCCAGACGGCAUCCUCAACCACCUCCAGAACGUCACGUCAGAAGAGUAUCAACAUAUCUUCUAUCUCCUUUUAGAAGCAGCUGAAGCCUUCGAUCUAUGCAUGAUCAAAAGAAACAACACAGUUACAGCCACGCAAAAAGAAGCCUUAAUCCAUCGCGCUAAGACCCCUAUUUCCUUGCUCGCCCAAACAAGAAUAUUUUUAAGGAGAUAUUUUAAAACUAUGCUUGUGGAUAUAAUUCCUGACAUGGAUAUACCUAAAAUUCUCCACCAAUACCUACUUUUUAACUGUCGUUAAAAAAGAGGUUUAAUAUUUUAAGGUUUCAUUCAAGGCUGCAAAGAGGAAUUCUUUUGCCUCAUCCCUUUUGACAGAUAGUUUUUGGUGUUGCCAGUAUAUUUUGUCUCCCGGUUUUGUGGGUGAUUUUGAUUGUUGUCAGGUUUUGAUGAGUUGGAUAAUGGCACGAUGUUUUUUGAGAAGAAGUGAAAUGUUGAGUUCAUAAGUGGGCUAGUACUAUUAAUAUGUUGACAGUACAUUAGAGUUUGGUAUAAUAAUGUGCUCCUAUUUUUGUAUACUUAGUUCUUUGUGGUAAACUUGUAUUUUUGUAUCUCAAGUGAAGAAAUCACAUUUUUGUCGAACUUAGAUUUUAAGUUUAAUCAUUGUACUUCUAUUUAAUUAUUUUAUUUGUUUUACACAUAAUCCAUAUGUAUUUGAAAGAAGAAGAAAGAAGGAAAGCAAAACAUUUUUAUAAUUACUGAGCAAAAUAUUUCUCUAGAAUUUUUAGAACGAGAAUACGAUAUAUUUUCUUCAAAAAAGAUUUCCUAUUUAACAACAAAAGAAUUUAAAGAAAUUGAACAUAUACACAUAAUUGAUUUAUGUUUCAUAUUUUUUGUACACCAUCGCACGCACAGAAUUAAAUUUUUUGGUAUUAUUUGUGGAGUAAUA